CGUCAGGCAGCUGCUCUGCGGCGCGCAACUGAGUGUGGGCAGCGCCGGGUUGGGGGUGGUGGCUGCGGUCCCGUGGCUGCUGGGACAGGUGGGAGCUGUUCCAGUGCCGGGCCUGUGUUCCGGCCGCCUGCUGCACUGCGGGGCUGUGGUCCGAGCGGACAGCGCUGCGGACGGGGGAUGAAAAUUUAGAAGGUCAUUAGCCAAGUAAACAAGAUGGGAGCAAACAGCAGCAACAUCAGUGACCUUCCAGAAAAUGAAUACUUAAAGAAACUAUCAGGAAUAGAGCCCAUCUCUGAGAAUGACCCGUUCUGGAAUCAGCUAUUGUCUUUUAGCUUCACCACUCCAACCAACAGUGCUGACUUGAAGCUCUUGGAAGAAGCCACCAUCUCAGUCUGCAAGUCUUUAGUUGAGAAGAACCCUCGAACAGGAAACCUUGGGUCAUUGAUUAAAGUCUUUCUGUCUAGAACCAAAGAGUUGAAAAUUUCAGCAGAAUGCCAGAAUCACCUCUUUAUCUGGCAGGCUCACAAUGCACUGUUUAUUAUUUGCUGUUUGCUGAAAGUAUUCAUCAGCCAAAUGUCAGAAGAGGAGCUGCAGCUUCAUUUCACAUAUGAGGAGAAAACGGCAGGCUCCUAUGGAACAGAGUGUGAAGACCUCAUAGAAGAGCUGCUGUGUUGCCUCAUCCAGCUCAUUGUUGAAAUUCCUCUCUUAGACAUUACAUACAGCAUUUCCCUGGAAGCUGUGACCACUCUCAUCGUCUUCCUCUCCUGCCAGUUGUUUCACAAAGAGAUUUUACGAGAGAGCAUCAUCCACAGAUACCUGAUGCAUGGUCGAUGCCUCCCAUACACCAGCAGACUUGUGAAAACAUUGCUGUACAAUUUCAUUAGACAAGAGAGAAGCCCUCCCCCAGGGACCCACAUCUUCCAGCAGCAGACAGACGGAGGAGGGCUGCUCUACGGCAUCGCUUCGGGGGUGGCAACUGGCCUCUGGACAGUCUUCACGCUGGGUGGAGUAGGAAGUAAAGCAGCGCCUCAGUUGGAGCACUGCUCCCCUCUAGCUAACCAGAGUCUUCUGCUUCUCCUGGUCCUGGCUAAUCUGACUGAUGCUCCAGACACACCAAAUCCCUACAGGCAAGCAAUUAUGUCCUUCAAGAACACACAAGAUAGCACUGCUUUUUCAUCAUCAAAUCCACAUGCUUUCCAGAUCAACUUCAACAGCUUGUACACUGCUUUGAGUGAGCAGCAGAAGUCUGAUCAGGCAACUCUUCUUCUGUACAUGCUCCUGCAUCAGAAUGGCAAUGUACGGACAUACGUGUUGGCACGGACAGACAUAGAGAAUCUUGUUCUGCCAAUUCUUGAGAUCCUGUAUCACGUUGAAGAGAGGAAUUCACACCAUGUUUACAUGGCGCUUAUCAUCUUGCUGAUCCUCACAGAGGAUGACGGCUUCAACCGAUCCAUUCACGAAGUGAUCUUGAAAAACAUCACCUGGUAUGCAGAGCGUGUCUUAACAGAGAUCUCUCUGGGGAGUCUCCUGAUCCUGGUUGUGAUAAGAACCAUCCAGUACAACAUGACACGGACACGGGACAAAUACCUUCACACGAACUGUCUGGCAGCCUUAGCCAACAUGUCAGCUCAGUUCCGCUCGCUCCACCAGUACGCUGCUCAGAGGAUCAUCAGUUAUACCUGCCGCCACUUGCGGAGAUAUGUCUAUGUCUUGGACAAACUGUAUUUCCCCCACUCUCACUGCUCUACGCUGCAGCAUUGCUUCUCGACCCUCAGUGACAAUGGAGAGGAACUCUUAUCUUUAACUUGUUCUCACAUUCUCAGAUCCUAUGCUGCCAGUUUAUUUUCUUUGCUGUCUAAAAAGCACAACAAAGUGCUGGAGCAAGCCACACAGUCCUUGAGAGGUUCCCUGAGUUCAAACGACUCACCACUUCCUGAUUAUGCGCAGGACCUGAAUGUGAUUGAAGAAGUGAUCCGGAUGAUGCUGGAGAUCAUCAACUCCUGCCUGACCAACUCUCUCCACCACAACCCCAACCUGGUGUAUGCGCUGCUUUACAAGCGGGACCUGUUUGAGCAGUUCAGAACUCACCCCUCCUUCCAGGACAUCAUGCAGAACAUAGAUCUGGUGAUCAGCUUUUUCAGCUCCCGGUUAGAACAGGCUGGAGCCGAGCUGUCAGUGGAGAGAGUUCUGGAAAUCAUCAAGCAAGGAGCUAUUGCUUUGCCCAAAGACAGGCUAAGAAAGUUCCCUGAGCUGAAGUUCAAGUACGUGGAGGAGGAGCAGCCUGAGGAGUUCUUCAUCCCCUAUGUUUGGUCUUUGGUCUACAACUCUGCCGUAGCCCUGUACUGGAACCCGCAUGACAUCCAGCUCUUCACUAUGGACUCUGGCUGAAGGCCAUUCCCUAGCCAAGCCUCCUCAGCUCCUUCUUCUGACAGAAAACCAACCUCCUCACCGCGUCUUCAACGUGACCCUUCCCAGCGUGCACCCUCUGACCCCAAAGCUUAUGGAGAACGAAGCUCACCGCUAGCAUACAGCCCAACGUCCCAUCUUCUGGAAGCAGACUGCCACCACCAGCCACGCUGGCAACAAACUGUGGUGUGAGGCACUGGCAGCUUGUAGGCAAACGUCUAUUUAUAGUCCUGUAACCUAGAGCUUGUUUGAUGAAAAUGAGGCCUUACACAUGGGGUAUGAUGUUACUACCAGCCACAAACCUGAUUGCUCUUUUAACUUAAGGGGAUAAAUGGGGAAGGAGGUUGUGGACUUGGAUUUGGAAGCAGCUUUUGGAAGAAGCUGCGUUGGGUCAAGCUUUCUAUGGUCUGUUGGCUUCUGCCGUGGGUUCCUCGUUCCCUGAUCCCUUGCUUUCACUCCCACUCCUUCAGUUUGGUAGCACUGUCAAGGCUGUGGUCAUUAUGUUGUCAUCCAGGCAAACAAAGUGAGCAGGACGUUAGCCAGAUUAGCUCCCAGGCAGAUCCAAACCACUCGUAUCAGACAAAACCAGAAAAAGUUUGUGGGAGGAUUUUCAACAGCAGCUCUUUUGCUGUUGUUUGUUUGACUGGCAUAUCCUCUCUGCAGGGAUACAAACACCAGCUUUUGGAGUCAGGUCCCUUAGAAACUCAUUUUACUGUGAAAAAAUUGUUCCUGGAAAUUAAAUGUGUAGGGGAAAGAAAAAAAGAAAGAAAGAAAGAAAGAAAGAAAGAAAGAAA